AUGAUAGAUACUUCUAACCAUAUGAACCUAAAAAUUGUACCCAUUUUAAAACGUUAUUUCAAAAUAAAUUCGGGAAUACACAUCAACAUUUUUGAAGUAACAAAUUUAAAAGGAGAAACAGCAAAUAUUUUAUCAACUUAUAUAAUUGAAAGUUUGAAAAAGCAUAAGUUGACAGAUAAAAUUAUUGCAUUUUCUAGUGAUAAUUGCAAUACUAACUUUGGAGGUAUUUUAAGAAAAGGUUCAAAUAAUGUUUUUUCAAUUUUAAAUAAAAAUUUAAAAACGAAUAUUUUUGGGGUAGGUUGCGCUGCUCAUAUUUUGCACAACUCAAUGCAAUCAAGGGCUGAUGUGUUACCUGUCGAUGUAGAAAUCAUAGUUAACAACAUUUUUCAAUUUUUUCAUAUCUAUACAGUUCGAGUUGAACAUUUGAAAGAGUUUUAUGAAUAUGCAAAUGUUGAUUAUAAAAAUAUUCUUGGAAGUGUAAAAACUCGUUUGCUAUUCCUUAUUACCGGCAAUAACAAGAAUUAUUGA